AUGAUGCAAAGCUCGCAUUUUUGGACAUCAAAACUCAAGUCAGAGGAGUGUGAUUUCGCGUUUGAGGUGCGCGAACUGGAACCCAGCAAGUUCGUUAACUCAAGAUGGCUGUAUCGCUUUAUAUGCAUUCAACGUGCUGGUUCCUUACACAAUAGAGCCAGGAUCUGGGAACUGGGACGGUGUCUGAAAGAAAUCCUGGAAUUGUCUGAACCUGACACAACAACUAUUGUUAACAACCCCAGGGACCCUGUGGGUCUGGAUUGGGUGAAGCUCCCUUGGCCUAUCAAGGCUACUGAUACUGACAACCUUGAAAAGUACAUUGAGGGCUGCCAAAUCUUGUACACACAGCGUGUCUUUCUCUCUAGUCGUUUGCGUCAAGUCACUGCCUCAUGCAUUGACAUUGAAGGCACAGUCUACAUCACAGGUCUUAAACUUUCCUUCGACGAUGAGACCAGCACACAACUCGGUUACAGAUCUCGGGACAAUUCUUCAGCCGAUAUAGUAGCCUUUGGGGGUUUCAUUGUCGCAGUGAGCACGAGUGGAAUUCAUGGGUUGCAGAUAAUCGACGAAGGAUCUGACGUCACAAAAUGGUUCGGUUCGAACAAGAGAUGUCCUCAAACACGUCUCCCACCGGAGAAUCUACGCAUGAAAGAAGGGGCCUGGAUGGGCCAAUCACCUGCGAAAUCUCGUCACAAUCUCCUCUUCUGGGUCUGGUUUGGUGGUCCAGGAGGGUCGUACCUUCAGUACUUGACAGGGAUAUCCAUCACGACAUACAGAGGCGGAUUUGGGGGGAUCGAAUUCCAUUUCUCGAGCGACAGCGUCCCCAUCACCUCCAGGAAACUCGGUCUUUGUGAUGACAAGCAGGGGCCGGAUUUUGCCAUCGAUGGUGCAGGAGGAGAGUACAUCAUGUCCGUCCACGGAAAGCUUGCACAGAUGCCUUAUCUACCCGCUCUAACGAUAUGCACAAACCGUGGUCGAAAGUUUGCUGCCCUACGCCAGAGUUUCGACGUUGCGAAAAUGAAACAGCUCUUCCCAAGCGAACCCAACUCCAUCCUGACGGGAUUUUAUACAAGCUAUCGAGAUCAUGACUCUCCACUUCGCAGCUUGGGUUGCUUGUGGGAACGAAGCUAA